UCUCGAUUGAACAGAAACAAAGGACCGUUAUGCCGUCCGUUAAAGCUGUUGCCUGAUGCGCAUGCGUAGCUGGUUUUGUUCUAGUUAAAAUGGCGGCGCCCGUGGAUCUUGAGUUGAAAAAGGCAUUUUCUGAACUUCAAGCUAAGGUCAUUGAAACCCAGCAAAAGGUGAAACUGGCAGAUAUACAAAUAGAUCAGCUGAACAGAACAAAAAAGCAUGCACAUCUUACAGACACAGAGAUCAUGACUCUGGCUGAAGAAACAAGGAUGUAUGAAGGUAUAGGACGAAUGUUUAUCCUUCAUCCCAAAGAAGUAAUUCACAACCAGCUCUUAGAAAAACAAAAAAUAGCAGAAGAAAAAAUCAAGGAAUUGGAGCUGGGGUUUGGAAGCCACAGAGGAAGCCAUCCUCAGUGCUGGGAUGGUGGCAGCGGUGGCGGCAGCCCUGACCCUGCAAGGAGAGCUGGCUGGGGCCGUUGCUUCCGCACGGGUGCUGAUGGUGGGUGCUGGUGGCAUCGGCUGUGAGCUCCUCAAGGACCUGGUGCUUUGCCAACAUCGAUGUGCAAAGGAAAUCAUAUUUGGAACGGAGUGUAAAAGAAGCUGAAGAUAAUAUCCGGGAGAUGCUCACAGCUAGAAGAGCACAAUAAGUUCCUUGUGUUUGGACUGAAUAGUUGAUACAGAGGUUUUGAACCUCUAUUGUUAAACAGUCAAAGAUAUGUAAGAUAAGAAGAACUUGGCUUAUGUAACUAGCUGCAUCAUGUCAACCCAACCUUGUAGUUUGAUGCACUAAUAAAAUACUUAAUUGAUACACCUUGA